AUGCUUGAAAACAAGAUUAAAGACCUUGGAUAUGAUGACGACAAUGAUGCUGAUGAUGAUUAUCAUGAAGCUAAUGCUGGAACGGAUGCAGCGAAAUCGCAAAAUAAUUGGAAGGGGGAGGCGGAGGGGGAAGAAGAGAAUGAGCGGAAGGGGGGCAGGAAGGAUACGGUGGAUAUAGCUUCUUCACAGCUCAACGGCUUAGAUACAAUUGGUUUGGAAAAAAGUUAA